AUGCAUUUAUUUAUAUCAAAAUAUUUGUUGAUUAUAACAAAGACUAUUACUGCAGAUCAAUUAGGCGAUCAAUUGAAUGAAUUGGAUAUUUAUCAAACUAAUCCAUAUCCAUCUUUAUCUCAAUUAGAAUCAUAUCGAGCAAAUAAUAGAAUAAAUCAACCAAAUAAUAUUUAUCCCUUGAAUAAUCACCAUCAUUAUUAUUAUCAACAACAACCGCACCAACAACAACAACAACAACAAACGUAUAUGCUAACUAGUAGUAGUAGUGGUAGUAGUCGUAGUCCUAGUAGUAGUAAUAGUAGCAGCAGUAGUAGCAGUAGUAGUAGUAGUAGUAGCAGUAGUAAUAGUAGAUUUCUUAAUCAUAUAUCUUAUCCUUCUUCUAAUGUCCAUGAAAAUAAAUGGAAUGCUUAUUUCAAUCGUAUAAAUAAUCCAUAUAUCAGUCAUAACUCUAUGAAUAAUAACAAUAGUCAUGAUAUUGAUCAAUCAUCACAUUAUACUUCAGUACCUAUAAUUUUACCCAAUUCAAUAGCUCUAGCAUCAUUACCUGUUUCUUCCUCCUCCUCCUCCGCCUCCUCCUCACCAUCAUCAUCAUCAUUAUCAAGUGUAUCAUAUACUCCUGAUGAAAUAUCUCAUCCUUUUUUAGCCGGUGAGUCACAAAUAGAACAAAUUUUAAAAUCUAUACUGACUAAUUAUAAAUCUCAUGAAAGACCAAAUGAAAAUUCUCCAGAUCCAACCAUUGUCAGUGUAUUCAUUCAUAUUAUAGAUAUAUCAUCAAGUAAUGUAGUACAAAUGGAGUAUACAAUUAAUUGUUAUCUACGUCAACAAUGGUAUGAUCCACGUUUAUCUUGGGAUACUAACAGGUUGUUGAAUAAUCCUAUAAAAGAAUUAUUAUUAAAUCAACAGAGGAAACAAUUAUGGUUGCCUGAUUUAUUUUUUCGUAAUGGUAAAUCAGGUUUUUUACAUGAUAUGUCACAACCAAAUUAUUUAUUACGUGUUAAAUCUAAUGGACAAGUAUUGUAUAGUCAAAAAAUUACUAUGACAUUAUCAUGUCAAAUGUAUUUGCGUAAAUUUCCUAUGGAUAAACAAGAAUGUACAGUGAAUAUUGGUUCAUAUGGAUAUACAAUUGAUCAGUUGAAAUUUAUAUGGCAUCAUGAUAAACCAGUCACUAUAUCUGAUAAUUUACAAUUAUUAGAAUUUGAAAGUCCACAUGGUGCAUACACUUUGGACUGUACAAAGAAUGGUACAACGAGUACAGGAACGUAUAGUUGUUUACUGCUUAUUAUACCACUUCGAAGAUUAAUUGGUUCGUACAUUGUGACAACAUAUAUUCCGGAAGUUUUAAUUGUUAUGGUGUCAUGGUUAGGAUUUUGGAUUGAUAUUAAAGCAGUACCAGCUAGAGUAACGUUAGGUUUGUUAACAUUGCUUGGUUUACUAACUGAAAGUAGCAGUGUCAGUUCACAGUUGCCUAAAGUAACUUAUUUAAAGGCGAUUGAUGUUUGGCUAACUGUCUGUUUAUUAUUUGUGAUAGCAGCAUUAGCUGAAUUCGCUUAUGCUUAUUUAAUGGCGCCUAAAAGUGAAAGUCCUGAAUGGGAACCAGAAGUAAGAGAUUUAGUUAAAACUCUGUUAACAAAUUAUACUGGUGAAGUUCGAUGUUGUUGUUGUUUCACAAAGAAUCGACAUCAUAAACCUAUUUUAAAGGGGAAUAAUCAAAGAUCCCAAUCACAUCAACCACAAUCAUCCCUAGAUAGUACACAUAAAAAGCUGAAUUCACACACAAGAGAUAUUGAAUCGGAUCCUGAGUUAACAGUGAAAACAAUAAAACAUUCAAACAGAACAAGUAGAUCAAGGCAUAUCAGAUCGAUGAAUGUACGUUGUAAAGUCUGUGAUUCUUAUCAACCAGUAUGUUGUACUUGUCCAGCUUGUGCUCGAUUAAAAUGUCCUGAAGCACCAAGAAAAAAGUCAGCACAUGUGAAAAUACCAACGAAACAUUUAAAAUUAAAACAAACAGAAUCAAUUAAUCAUCAUGAAAAUAUCAAGAUACAUGAAAUAACUCACAAUUUAGUAGAUUAUCCUGCAACAAUGAAACUAAUGCAAAAACCUAAAACAUUUCGACAAAAACAUUCACAACCUUUGAGAAUUGAUUCAUGUCGUGUAUCAAUUGAACCGUUAUUAGAUAAACAACCGAAAAAAUCAGCAUUAAAAGUAAAAACUACAACAACAGUUAACAUUAAUGAUAAUGAUCAUUUAACAAUUCCAAGCAAAGAUUCAAAAACAACCACAUUUUUAGAUAAUGUAAAAAAAGAAAUAAUCAGUGAACCUUUCAAAAAUUCAAAUCAUAAUAAUUAUCAUCAUCAAAUUAAUCAAUCAGAUGAAAAAUUAUGGUGUUUAAAAAAUGCCUUACAUCAAUGUUUAUGUUGUUUAAAAUGUAAUUCACAUCAUCAGCGUCAUUCAUUGCAGCAUCAAGCUUUAAAACAAAUUUCAACUAGUAAAUUAACCACUUCUACUAAUGUUAAAGUUAAUAAUAAAUCAAUGAAAAUUGUUAACAUGAACAAUACUCAAUCAACUUAUGAAUCAAAAAUCGAUGCUUAUAGUCGACUCAUUUUUCCAAUAUCUUUUUUUCUAUUCUUGUGUAUUUAUUGGCUAUUCUAUUUGGUAUUAGCUAAAGAUUAA